AGUUCUCUGAAAUCAAGUAGUAAUAGACUGGGUCAAAUUGAAGCGCAACAUGAACUUGCCCGAAACUUUUAUGAUGAUUUUGAAUUUUGUCCUGUUCAGUGUUCUUAUGAGGUAUUGGAGCACCGCGACCGUAUCCAUCAGCGCUUAUCACCUCAGUCUUCACCCGUUACUUCCCCUUCAAUGUCUUCUGCUUCUUCUUUAGGAAGCACAACACCACCAAAAAGUACUAGAAAAGUGAUCCCUAUUAUUGAUCCCUCCAGCAUGGCUCCAGUCGCUGUU